CGGGCGGGGCGGGGCGGCCCCGCGGGGAGCAGCGCCCGGGCGCGCUGAGCCUGCUGCCCCGCCCGCCGCACGCGUGACCCAGCCCUGCAGCCCGCGCGGGGACCGGCCCUGGCCACGCGGCUCUCGAGUUCCUGCACAGUUCCAGAUGCUCAGCGGUCCCUGCGCCCUGGAUACCUGCUCUGCGUUUCUGCCCGAGGUGGCCGGCCCUCAGCCUUCCCCUGCCCUCAGAGAGCCCUGGUAGGUGGCCCGCCCCAGGACCCUUGCUCUGUUCCCGGAGCACCUUCCAGGCCCAGCAGAAGCAGACACUAGCCGGUAUGCCGCGGAACCAGGGCUUCUCCGAGCCCGAGUACUCGGCAGAGUACUCCGCCGAGUACUCUGUCAGCCUGCCCUCUGACCCAGACCGCGGGGUGGGCCGGACCCAUGAAAUCUCUGUCCGGAACUCGGGAUCCUGUCUGUGCCUGCCUCGCUUCAUGCGGCUCACCUUCGUGCCUGAGUCCUUGGAGAACCUGUACCAGACCUACUUCAAAAGACAGCGCCACGAGACCCUGCUGGUGCUGGUGGUCUUCGCAGCUCUCUUCGACUGCUACGUGGUGCUCAUGUGCGCUGUAGUCUUCUCGAGCGACAAGCUGGCUCCCCUCAUCGUGGCCGGCAUCGGGCUGCUGUUGGACAUCAUCCUCUUCGUGCUCUGCAAAAAGGGGCUGCUCCCCACCCGGGUUACCCGGAAAGUGGUGCCCUACUUCCUGUGGCUGCUGAUAACAGCCCAGAUUUUUUCCUACCUGGGCCUGAACUUCGCUGGCGCCCAUGCGGCCAGUGACACGGUGGGCUGGCAGGCCUUCUUUGUCUUCUCUUUCUUCAUCACGCUGCCCCUCAGCCUCAGCCCCAUUGUCAUCAUCUCUGUGGUCUCUUGUGUUGUCCACACACUUGUCUUGGGGGUAACUGUGGCCCAGCAGCAGCAGGAUGGGCUGAAGGGGAUACAGUUGCUGAGGGAGAUCCUGGCCAAUGUCUUCCUGUACCUCUGCGCCAUCACUGUGGGCAUCAUGUCCUACUACAUGGCGGACCGCAAGCACCGCAAGGCCUUCCUGGAAGCCCGGCAGUCGCUGGAGGUGAAGAUGAACCUGGAGGAGCAGAGCCAACAGCAGGAUGCUGCAGUGAAUCUUCUUGCAUGGAGCAUGGAGGAUUCUUUGGAUCUCUGGGCUUUUCAAGAUUCUGCUAAGGAGAACCUUAUGCUUUCCAUCCUGCCCAAGCACGUGGCCGACGAGAUGUUGAAGGAUAUGAAGAAAGAUGAGAGCCAGAAGGACCAGCAGCAGUUCAACACCAUGUACAUGUACCGCCAUGAGAACGUCAGCAUCCUCUUUGCAGACAUCGUGGGCUUCACCCAGCUGUCUUCUGCCUGUAGUGCCCAGGAGCUCGUGAAGCUGCUCAACGAGCUCUUCGCCCGCUUCGACAAGCUGGCGGCCAAAUACCACCAACUGCGGAUUAAGAUCCUGGGUGACUGCUACUACUGCAUCUGUGGCCUGCCCGACUACCGGGAGGACCACGCGGUCUGCUCCAUCCUCAUGGGGCUCGCCAUGGUGGAGGCCAUCUCGUAUGUGCGGGAGAAGACGAAGACCGGGGUAGACAUGCGCGUGGGGGUGCACACGGGCACUGUGCUGGGAGGCGUCUUGGGCCAGAAGCGCUGGCAGUAUGACGUGUGGUCUACCGACGUCACUGUGGCCAACAAAAUGGAAGCCGGCGGCAUCCCUGGGCGUGUGCACAUCUCCCAGAGCACCAUGGACUGUCUGAAGGGGGAGUUUGACGUGGAGCCUGGCGAUGGGGGCAGCCGUUGCGAUUACCUAGAUGAGAAGGGCAUUGAAACCUACCUCAUCAUUGCAUCCAAGCCAGAGGUGAAGAAAACAGCCACCCAAAAUGGACUCAAUGGCUUGGCCCUGCCGAAUGGAGCACCAGCUUCCUCAAAGCCCAGCUCCCCUGCCCUCAUCGAGACCAAGGAGCCUAAUGGGAGCGCCCACAACACUGGUUCUUCCUCAGAGGAGACUGAGGAACCAGGUGCCCAGGCCGACACCCCCGCCUUCCCCAAUCCACGCCGGAGGCUGCGCCUGCAGGACCUGGCAGACAGAGUGGUGGACGCCUCUGAGGAUGAGCAUGAGCUCAACCAGCUGCUCAGCGAAGCCCUGCUCGAGCGGGAGUCUGCCCAGGAAGUGAAGAAGAGAAACACCUUCCUCCUAUCCAUGCGGUUCAUGGACCCUGAGAUGGAAACUCGUUACUCGGUGGAGAAGGAAAAGCAGAGCGGGGCGGCCUUCAGCUGCUCCUGCGUGGUCCUGCUCUGUACGGCCCUGGUGGAGACACUCAUCGACCCCUGGCUGAUGACAAACUAUGUGACCUUCGUGGUUGGGGAGGCUCUGCUGCUGAUCCUGACGAUCUGCUCCCUGGCUGCCAUCUUCCCCCGGGCCUUUCCCAAGAAGCUUGUGGCCUUCUCAACUUGGAUCGACCGGACCCGCUGGGCCAGGAACACCUGGGCCAUGUUAGCCAUCUUCAUUCUGGUGAUGGCGAACGUCGUGGACAUGCUUAGCUGCCUCCAGUACUACACAGGCCCCAGCAACGGCACUACAGCGAUGCAGGUGGAGGAUGGCUGCAUGGAGAACCCCAAGUAUUACAGCUAUGUCGCUGUGCUGUCCCUCAUCGCCACCAUCAUGCUGGUGCAGGUCAGCCACAUGGUGAAGCUCACGCUCAUGCUGCUUGUGUCGGGUGCUGUGGCCGUCAUCAACAUCUAUGCCUGGUGCCCCAUCUUUGAUGAAUACGACCGCAAACGUUUCCAGGAACAUGACUUUCCUGUAGUCGCUUUAGAGAAGAUGCAGGUAUUUCUCACCCCUGGGCUCAACGGCACUAACAGGCUGCCCCUGAUGCCUUCGAAGUACUCAAUGACAGUGAUGAUCUUCAUCGUGAUGCUGAGCUUGUACUACUUCUCCCGCCACGUGGAAAAACUGGCACGGACACUGUUCUUAUGGAAGAUUGAGGUCCAUGACCAGAAGGAACGUGUCUACGAGAUGCGACGCUGGAACGAAGCCUUGGUGGCCAACAUGCUGCCAGAGCACGUGGCACGCCACUUCUUGGGGUCCAAGAAGAGAGAUGAGGAGCUGUAUAGCCAGUCUUACGAUGAGAUUGGAGUCAUGUUUGCCUCCCUGCCCAACUUUGCUGACUUCUACACAGAAGAGAGCAUCAAUAAUGGUGGCAUUGAAUGUCUGCGCUUCCUCAAUGAGAUCAUCUCAGAUUUUGACUCUCUCCUGGACAAUCCCAAAUUCCGGGUCAUCACCAAGAUCAAAACCAUUGGCAGCACCUAUAUGGCAGCUUCAGGAGUCACCCCAGAUGUCAACACCAACGGCUUUACCAGCUCCAACAAGGAGGAAAAGUCAGACAAGGAGCGCUGGCAGCACCUGGCUGAUCUGGCGGACUUCGCACUGGCCAUGAAGGACACACUUACCAACAUCAACAACCAGUCUUUCAACAACUUCAUGCUGCGUAUAGGCAUGAACAAAGGAGGGGUACUGGCUGGUGUCAUUGGAGCCCGGAAACCACACUAUGACAUCUGGGGCAAUACAGUCAAUGUAGCCAGCAGGAUGGAGUCCACAGGGGUCAUGGGCAACAUUCAGGUGGUAGAAGAAACACAAGUCAUCCUUCGAGAGUACGGCUUCCGCUUUGUGAAAAGAGGACCCAUCUUCGUGAAAGGGAAGGGAGAGCUGCUCACCUUUUUCUUGAAGGGCCGUGAGAAGCCAGCUGCCUUCCCUAAUGGCUCCUCUGUGACACUGCCCCACCAGGUGGUAGACAACUCCUAAAGGGCCUCUACCCCACUAUAGUCCAAAUGUGAAGGGAAGACGUAUUUUUUUUGAAAUCAACAAUAAGUCUUGGGAAAGGACAAAUGACUUAAGUCCCAACAUUCCCAAACUGUUGAAGUACACACUCACAUAGAUGUUUUAGGGUUAAAAAUCUCAAGCCUUCAGUUGUUCAUGGAUCUGUGAGCUCUGAGCAGGGGCCAUACUUAUUCCUCAGAGUAGGGGUCUUAGGCAUAGUGCUGGAACAAUCCUUCCAGAGCCCUGGUUUCAACCAGCCCUUCUUAGCACAGAGAGACCAUGGCCCCUGUAAGCAGGAAUGUAACAGAGGUAGAACAAAGCUGCCUUUGCUGCCAGGUUGAGAGUGCAGGUGAGGAACCUCUGCAUAAGCUGAGGACUUGGUGGGACACCUGUCCCGGCAUUGCUCUGCUCCUCAGGUGUACUUGGAAGUGAUGCCUUUGAACUCCAGCCGGAGACCCGCCUCCAUAUGGUCUGAGCUAGACAUGGCCCUCGUCCUGAUAAUCUUGAAAGGUUCUUCUGGAACCCCUGUCACCUUAGUCAUGAGAGCAGAAAGUGCAAUAUUUCCUUUUACCUGGUGGGAGGGAGGGAAAGGGAAUUUAUUUCUGAAAGAAGAUAUAUAAACAGAUCUACAUUUAUAUUUUUAACUUUCUGUUAAACACUUUCCAAUAUUGCCUUGCCUUUUGAGCUCUUGCUACAGUCGCCUUUGCUACUGCUUUAAGAGAAUUUACUGGUAUUGAUAAAGAGCAAGACUGUUUUAUUAAAAGCUUUAUUCAACUUGA